UAGCAUCAUCCUUUCCCGGUUGAGAUUUGAAGUUUAGGGAAAGAGGAAGGUUGCGAUCUGAUACUGGAAAAGAUGGACAAGGGAAAGAUCGAAGAAGUGAUCCAGAAGCAAGUGCUGACGGUGGCGCAGGCCGUCGAGGACCAGAUCGAUGACGAGAUCGCCGCCCUCGAACGCCUCGACACCGACGAUCUCGAGGUUCUCAGGGAGCGCAGGCUGCAACAAAUGAAGAAGAUGGCGGAGAAGCGCAGCCGUUGGAUAUCCCUCGGACACGGCGAAUACUUCGAGAUUCCCUCCGAGAAAGACUUCUUCUCCGUCGUCAAGGCCAGCGAACGCGUCGUCUGCCAUUUCUACCGCGAAAAUUGGCCUUGUAAGGUUGUGGACAAGCAUUUGAGUUUGUUGGCAAAGCAGCAUGUUGAGACUCGAUUUAUAAAAAUUAAUGCGGAAAAAAGUCCAUUUUUGGCCGAGAAGCUCAAGAUCAUUGUUCUUCCAACUCUUGCCCUCAUAAAGAAUGCCAAGGUGGAUGACUAUGUGGUGGGCUUUGAUGAACUUGGUGGAACUGAUGACUUUAGCACAGAGGAUCUGGAAGAAAGAUUGGCUAAAGCUCAAGUCAUCUUUUUUGAAGGUGAAUCAUCAAUCAAUCAUGCAAGGUCCAGUGCGCACACCAAAAGAAGUGUUCGGCAGAGCACAAAGGCAGACUCGUCAGACUCAGAGUAGCAUGCAUUUCUUGGUGAGAUUUACUCAUACAGCUGCUCUCCUGAAGACUGAGCUCCCAGGUUACACUAUAAACUUAUGUCUCUUUGGGCACCUUUGUCUGUCUAUGUUGUAAGAAUUCAUCAUGACUCUAGAUACAGUUCUAGUACAUUUAGUGCUUAUAUUAGAGGGUAAUACUGUUGUUGAGAUCAUCCUUUUUUUGUUAAAAUAUUUUUUGCACAAGUUUUGAGAUAAACACAUUCUUACUGUGUUUUGCAAAUGGUCCAUGGCUAUAGUAUUACUACAAGUAUUUCUUUACAGUCUCAUGCUUCCUAACUAUAAA